CUGGCCGUGGCGUGAGGCGAAGGCGAGGAGCGAUGCCGGCGCUCUGGAGGACCGCGCGCGGGCUGCCGGGCCCCCUCCGCGCCCCGCUCUCGCGGCUCUUCCCCAGCGGGGCGGCCCAGGGCGGCGCCAGGCGCGUCUCCGGCGGCACUCCGACGCUCCGCGCACCCGGCGCUGCAGGUCCGUGGCGCCCGCGGAGGGGGUCGGGGGGGCGUCGGGGCUCCUGCUGAGGGAGGGGCCGGACCUUAUUCCCCCGUUGCCGCACCGAUAAGAAAGCGGGUGGUUUCGUGUGGCGGCGCCCGCUCUCUGGAACUCGCUGCCUCUGGAGGCAAAGCCGGCGCCUUCGCUGCUCUUGGCGUCUGCUAAAAAUAGUAUUGUUUAGACAAGAGCUACCAGGAUGCUUAGGUGAAUAUUGAUCCCUUUUUUAGCAUCUUAAACUUUUGUAGGUUUUAAAAGUAGGCUUGUGAAUUUGCUCUCAGGUUUACUGUUUUAUCUUUUUGCAAACUGCUUUGAGGUUUUUCUUACCAACCAGCGGUGUAUGAUUCUUAGGAAUUAUAUUUAUUUCUUUAUUAAAUUUCUAUACUACCCUUCAUGGCUUCAUCCAAAGAUCACAGGGAGGUUUAUAUAAAAGCACACAAAAAUACCGUUAUAACAAAAACAAUUACACACACCCCAAGUUUAAAAGGCCAAGCGUUUUUUAAUCACUCAAAGGCCUGGUUACAGAGAAGUGUUUUUGCCUGGUACCGAAAGAUAUGUAAAGAAGGUGCCAGGUGAGCCUCCCUGGAGGAAGCAUCCCACAAGCAGGGAAUCCCCUGCAGAAAAGACCUGCUCCCAUCUUGCCACCCUACGGACCUGUCACAGAGGAGGCAUACAAAGAAGGGCCUCAGAUGAUGAUAGCAGGGGAGAGGCAGUCCUUGAGGUCUUGCGGUCCUGGGCUGUUUAAGACUUUAUAAAUCAAAGUCAGAACUUUGAAUUGGGCCUGAAACUAAGUGGCAGCCAGUGUAGAUAGGCCAGGUUCAAUGUACAGAACUAUGCUGAAGUGGUCUUGCCCCAGUGAGCAACUUGGCCACCAAAUUCACUUUGAAGUAAUCUAAACUAGAGGUUACCAGAGCUAUCCCUGUCCAGAUAUGCGCACAGCUGGGCCACCAGCCAAAGCUGAUGAAAGGCACUCAGUAUCACAGGCCACCUGAGCCUCAAGUGACAUCAAAAGCUCCAGAAGUUCCCCCAAGUUACAUAUCUGCUCCUUCGGAGGGAGUGUAAUCCCAUAUGAUUAUCAUUAUUCUUUUUUUAUUUUAAAUAUUUAUUUCAUUGAAAUUUAUACACAGCUUGAUUUCUUGGGGGGGGGGGGACACUCAAAGCGGUUUACAAAAGAUAAAACAGUAAAAAUCAAGGAAAACUUGACAAGCCUACAGUGAUACCUCGGGUUACAGACACUUCAGGUUACGUGUUUUCGGGUUGUGCACCGUGCCGGACCCGGAAUUACCAGAACAGGUACCAGAAUUGUGACCCGUGUGUGCGCAGACGCAGCGCUGCGGGUUGCGAACGUGCCUCCCACACAGAUCACGUUCGCAACCCGAGGUUCCACUGUAUUUCCAAAAUGCUAAAAUGGAUUAAGAUUUGCCUCAACUUUCUUAAGCAUCUGUGUAGGUUUGUCUAAAAGAAAGGUGUUUGUAGCAGGUGCCAAAGGGAGUACAGUAAAGCCGCCUGCUUGAUCUCAAUAAGCAGGGCAGACACCUGAACUCAAGGCAGUUUGCAGAUUAAAAAUAAAGAACAGCUUAAAAACGUAAGAGGGGGGGAAAGAGAAAUCCCUGAAUAGGUUUGAUCAUUGGUUCUCCUUGUAAAAAACAGUAGACAAACAGAUCCACCUGUUACCUUCUCUGAAGAAUAUUUACCGUACCUGCCUAUUUAGAUGAUCAUUGUAUCUGACGGGGUUUUAAUGCUCAGAAGCUUCUGCUGCAAUAAAUGUGUUUUAGGGUACCACAAGAUGAUGAUGUUGAUGUUUGCAACAAUUAGUAUAACGCUUCGGCUUCUCAGACCAACAGACCAGCCAAAAAUAGAAAACCUAUAACUUUAAAUAAUGUCUUGAAAAUCUUGUUGAUAGUGUUUGAAAUCUAGUGUUGCAUAUCGUGUGUUUAAUGGAAGAUGCAGGAUCUUCUGGUUGAGGAAAAAUAGUGUCAGCACAACUCUAACUAGAGCUGCCCCCUAAAGAUUAUAAUUGUGUACAAACCUGCUUAAAUUAAUGGGCCAAAUUCUCCAUAGAAUUAGUUUGUAGUCAUGCAAACAAAAUGGAAUACAGUGGUGCCUCGCAAGACGAAAUUACUUCGUUCCGCGAGUUUUGUCGUCUUGCGAGUUUUUUCGUCUUGCGAAGCACGGUGUCGGAAAAGUUUUGGAAAAGCUUCAAAAAUCACCAAAGUCUUUAAAAACCUCAAAAAGGCUACCACACCGCGUUCUAUGAGUUGCUCCUCGAAGUCAAGUCGCAACUGUAUUAACGGUGUUAAGAAAAAGGAAACAAACUUGCAAGACGUUUCCGUCUUGUGAAGCAAGCCCAUAGGGAAAAUCGUCUUGCGAAGCAGCUCAAAAAACCCUUUCGUCUAGCGAGUUUUUUGUCUUGCGAGGUACCACUGUACUCAGGAUGUUCUAAAUGUAUUUCCUCUAGCUCCUCCUGACUGCUCUUGAACAGUUUUUCUCAUUAUGAGCUCUUUCAAGAUGCCUCAUAGAAUGAAUUGCUACUUUUUUGCUAGGAAGCUUCACUAUGUCUCUGAGCAGUGCUCCUUCAUUAUGUAAGCUUUUGCCCAUUGUUUGGCUCUUUCACACUAAUGGCUGUUGCUGCUUUGAAACUGGGAUGCUGCUGUUAAAGGACACUGGAACAAGGGAAUGGUUGUGCCUUUAAGCUGUAGCUAGUCAAGUAGUUUUGUGGAACCCCAAGUAAGGAAUUUAAACCACUGGCCAGUCCAGUUUGGGCACUGUAAAAAUCAGUGGGGAAACUGAUGAGCAAUAGCUAUGUAACAUGACUAAUGACAUUAAAUGUUAUCUAGCUACCUUGUGCAAUUAAUUAAUUAAUUAAUUAAUGCUUUACAUCAUUUAUACCAGGCACAUACAAAGUCUGUCCGGGGGGUGUGUGUGCCUAAUCUGGCCCCUGUGGCAGUUUAUUUCCGGGAGUAAAAUCCUUAAAAAAGUCAAUAACUUUGGUCGGCCCUCACAGCCCUUCACUUCAUCAAAUCUGGCCCUCUUUGAAAAAAGUUUGGACACCACUGAUUUAUGCAAUAACCACCCUAGUAAGCCUUAUUGAACUCACUGGAACUUACUUUUGAGUACACAUAUAAUAGGAUUGCGCUAUUAAUAUUCAUGCCCAUAACUGGCAUCUCUAUAAUUUGUUUUGAUAAUAUUUUAUCCUGUGUUGAAAAUGUAUUACCUUUCUUAUGAAUGUAAUUAAGUAUAAUUGUUUUUUUCUCUACACAAGAUGUCAAUAGUUUUGUUUCCCGGACCAAAACUUGUGGGGAAUUGCGCUCUGCUCAUGUAGGUCAGGAGGUCACCCUGUGUGGAUGGAUUCAAUAUCAGAGGUAAAUAAAAGCAUCCAGGAUUGUAAGAUUGAAGGUGUUAUGGCAAACCUUAAGUUGGCUAACAGCAUUAGAAUUGCUUUCCAGAGUCAAAACUAGGGUCCAUCUAUUCUAGUAUCUCUUCUGUGAACUGAAAAAAUUACGGAAGUGUUGUAAAUAGAUGAGACUUAAGUACCAGUUCCCACAUUGUUAACCUUAGCCAAGCACAAUUGGAGGAAACUGAUUUUCUGGACCCAUUUCUGCUGAUUCUACUUGAUCUCUUGAUGGCUUUCAAUAUCCUUUUUGUUCCUACAGCAGUCUGCUUUGGUUGCUAGUGGUUUCACUCCAACUUGAAUGGUCAGUUCUGAAAGAGGAGAGUGUGCUUGUGGGAUAUAGCAUGUUUGGGACUCACUCUUGGGAAGAAGGUCCUAGCCUAGCCUUUCCCCUGAUUUUCUGAAGUUCAAUAUGCAGAGAUUUCUUUUCUCUUGGACAUGAGCAUGAAAUAGUAGCCUCAGGAACUCUGUAUUAUAUUAUUUAUCUGCAUAUGUAAACUGACCUCAUUUAAGCUUGCUCUAAUGUAGAGGUUUUACCUGAAGUAUUACAAACAUUUCUGUUUGUGUCUCCUGUGAUUAGACAGCAGCAGUUUGUGGUUUUGAGAGACUUCCAAGGACUCACCCAGAUUAUCAUACCUCAGGAUGAGGUGAGCUAUCAAGGCUUGCUUCUGCAGUUGCACUGGUUAAAUGAUUUAUUGUCGUCUGUCAUGUUGCCCACCAAGCAUUGCAAUUAUUCAAACAUAAUUCUGAUUCUGAAUAUGUAACAGCAAACUUGAUUUCCCAUAACUACUUCUGAUCAUUUACAAGUGGACAUACAACAUAUAGAUGUUCAUUCUGUGUGACUACACACAAGAUUUAUCAAUGAAUAUACAAUCAUAAGUAGGUUAUUUUUGCUUAUAUUCUGUGCUCAUUUUAAAAGAAAAGUAUUAUCAUUGGUGCCCUUAUUGGUGUUAUGAAUACACUUAAACACAUAAACAGUGCCUGAAAAGGGCUUUGGGAUUCUUGUAUUGUUUUUUAUUUGUAUAUUAUAUUGUGUUACAGUUUGAAUUCUAUGAAAUGUAUAAGCAUUAAAAGAAGCAAUAAAAUACAGUGGGACCUCUGGUUACGUACUUAAUUCGUUCUGGAGGUCCGUUCUUAACCUGAAACUGUUCUUAACCUGAAGCACCACUUUAGCUAAUGGGGCCUCCCGCUGCCGCUGUGCGAUUUCUGUUAUUAUCCUGAAGCAAAGUUCUUAACCCGAGGUAAUAUUUCUGGGUUAGCAAAGUCUGUAACCUGAAACGUCUGCAACCUGAAGCAUCUGUAACCCGAGGUAUCACUGUACAAUUAAAAAUUAUACAACAUCUAGCACAGUGUAUUACAAAUUCUACGGCAGGCAGAAAAACCAUCUCAUGAUCUCAGCAACUUUCAAGUGGUCUGGGAUCAGGGGAGUUGGGAACCGCUGGCCUACAAGGAUAAUGCAGGGAAGUGAGCUUGACAGUAAGGUGGAGGAAGAGCAGAAGCUGAAUGUGACUUGUUUAAAGGUAGAAAUCACAGUCUGCUGUUUAUCUUGCCUGCCUGCCUGCCUUUUUCUUCUCAUUUCAAGUAGGAUAAAAGGGGGUCAUUUAUGCAGGCUAAGCACCCGCAGAAACUACGAGCCAACUCUAUGCUUACUGCCUAGGAUUCUAGAAAGGAGUGCUGGACUAGGUGGGAUUUGAUCUGAUUCAGCAAAUCACUUCUUAUAAUCUUAAAAUAGAAUUCAUCAGCAGGAUACUUCAUUCUUGCUUGUGAAUUUUGGGCUGUGCAAAUUCUGCUUUGGCAGAGGAGCCUAAUAUUAGACUGCAGUACUGAAAUUGGCCCACAACUAAGGUAGCUCAUCAGUUCUAAAUCUGUGCUCCUAAACGAUGUACCUAUGCAAUCUUAUGUGUUGUUUCCGUCUUUCUGCAGGCAGCUUCCCAUUUGAGGAAGAUCUUGUAUGACACUCCAGUUGAAUCUGUAGUGAGGCUGACUGGAACUGUUGUCCCCCGGCCUCCAGGACAGACAAACCCCGUGCGUACUUUAAGGAGAAUCUCCCCCUAAUUUUAUCUUAGUGUAACUUGGCCACUUCAAGACACUACAAACUGUUUCCCGAAAGCUGAAAUGUCUCCUCACAUGUGACACAGUGUUUGGGUUUGGGAAGUGUGGGUCUGGAUUUGUAUUGCUUUGCCAUUUACUGCUAUUAUAUUUGAUAAAGGCCUGGCUGAUAUAUUGAUAUACAGUGGUACCUCUAGAUGUGAACGGGAUCCGUUCCGGAGCCCUGUUCGCAUCUAGAAGCAAACGUAACUAGCAACGGCACGUUUGCGCACAUGCACAUUGCUUUUCACCGCUUCUGCGCAUGCACGUGACGUCAUUUUGAGCCUCUGCGCAAGCGGUGAAACCCGGAAAUAACGCGCUCCGUUACUUCCGGGUUGCCGUGGAGCGCAACUUGAAUGCGCUCAUCCCGAAGCACAUUCAACCCGAGGUAUGGCUGUAUCGCCCAGGAUCAGUAUGAGGAGUAGACCGCGAUGUCCGCUUCACUCAGCAGUAUAUUGCUGGUGAAACCGCCACAGCUCCUGAGUACCUCUGCUAGCAGCAGUGCUUUUUUUCUAAAAAAAGGUUUAGGGAUACUCUCAUUUUCCUACUCCUAUUGAAAUACUGCCCCUCAAUAAGGCCAAACUUAGAUUCACAAAAUGUUUAGGGGUGCAUUUUGGGGUGCACAAAAUGCAUACCUUGUGUCCCCCAGAAAAAAAGCACUGGCUAGCAGUGUCUGCUAGAGUUCCUUCCUCCAGCGGUGCUGCUAGCAGAGGGACUCGGGAGCAGUGAGUGAAAUAUAUUGCUGAGUGAAACUGCCAUCACACUCUGCCCUCAUACAAUGCGCCAACACAGCUUGUUCCUCCCUCUGCAUCUUUAAACUACUUGACUGAGGAGUAUGAAGCUGUCCUUACCUCAGCCGAGCAGUUAAAAAGGAGCCCUCAGCCCAGGUCUGGUUCCCAUCAGCCAGUGGCCGGGUGGGGGCUCUUUGAAACUUCUCAGCUGAGGGUGAGUGUGCUUGCAGUGGCGAAGCUGCACGCUCUGACACUGGGGGCGGAGAGGAGGCGGGGCUGUGACUGGCGCACUUCCGGGGGGCGUGGUAUGCGUACUGGGGGCGUGGCACCCGGCAUGGGGGCGGCUGCAAUGGUACCCUCCCUGAUGCGCCUGGGUGAAACCACCUCAGUUCUCAGGGUGAGAGCUGAGGGAGUUUCACCAGGUGCUUUGCAGGCAGAGGCCAAUGCAGCUUGUUUUUUCAACAGUAUAUCGCCAAACUGUGAUGUUUGGCUGGCGAUGCACUGUGAUGUUGAAAAGCUUAUAUCGGCCAGCCCUAAUUUGAUAAUAAAGGGCUGUAACCUCCUGACUUCAGCCUCACCUGAAGUUUCUGGUCUUGCUUGCUAAAAGUAGGCUGCCCCAUUUCCACUUGCCCCAGUGAGUGUAACUGCCAUUAUCUGGUCAGUAUUUGCCCAAGCCUGGAGCUGCAGAGGUGGGCAAGGAUUGCCCUGGUGGUUACUUAGCAACCCCCAUUCCCUCUACGACAACAACAAGGUUGAGAGGAAGGCUGGGGGAUCUUUGCUUCUGUGUGAUUCCACCUUUCUUCCUUCGAUCUUUCAUUGAAACCCACCUUUCUCAUGACUUUUGCUUGGCUUAGCCCCCUGGCUCCCGUAUCUGCCUGCAGCUCAGCUUAUCACAUGCAGCUGAAACAGUCACAUAUUUUUUCCAUGCUAACUUCUGCUUCCACUUCCCUCCCCUUUCUCUGUUUCCCAUAUGUUGCAUUUUAGAUUGUAAGUUCCUUGGCACAGAGACCUGCCUUCGGGUCCUGUGCACUGUGCCUUGCACCUUGAUGGCACUAUAGAAAUGAUUAAUAAUAAUGCUUAAAAUAAGCAAUGCAGGGCCAAAGUGGCUAGGGUUAGUUUUUCCUGCUAAAACCAAUUUCUGCCUUCCCUUCCCACCCCCAGUGGGGAGGAGACAGGAGGAAGAAUUAAUUGUCAUUCUAAAGCAAAAGUUCCCAAACUUAUUUGGCCUACCACCCCAUUCUCAGCAAAAAAUUACUCAUUGCCCCCUGGAAAUCUACCUUCUUUAAGUGAACAGAAAGUUGCAGUGACAAAUUUGUGUUCUUUUAUAUACUGUAUCUAUAUUUCUACCCACACCCUAAAACAUAAUAAAGAAAGAUGUUGUAAAUAAAACACCUUGAGGCUUGAAAUUAUAUUUUUUAUUAUUAUAAUCAACUGUAGUAACAUUCACAUUACAGAAAAUUAAGAUAAUGAAGGAUAAUAUUAAAAUAAAAAUUAUGUAUAACAUUAAAAAUAAUCCUAACGAAAAGGAUGAACCUGGUGUGCUGCUAUCAAUUUAUUAAUGUUUGGUUCUAAUUUUUGUCAGCAGCAUUCUUAAAUCACUGUGAUUAGUUAUUUGUAGUCAAUUUGUUUUUUUAGUUGACUGAUUUGCUUGCCACUGGCCAAAUAGAGAGGCAAGCUGUGAUCCACUUUCUGGGUCUGGGUGAAGCCGAAAAGGGUUCACUUAAGCCCGGGAAAACCCCUCACCUCCAGCAGCAGAUCCAGGGGAGGUAUCGCGGUCCCCCAACAGCGCCCAACCUGGCAGUAAGCCACACAACCGAUAAAACAUGUAUGAACGGUUUUUCAAAAUUUUCUUUCUUUAUGCUUCCACUGCCCCCUUAGUUUUAUUCAACACCCCCCAAUUGCACCCAAGGCUACUACCACGCCCCUGGAUCAUUCCAGCGCUCCCCACCACCCGGGGGUGGCAUCACCCACUUUGGGAAACACUGUUCUAAAGUGAAUGUUCUGUCAACACAAGGAUUUCAGCUAUUCUCUUCCACAUGCUGUUUUGGGGGUUCACCCAACAUCCCCCCACAUGAGGCAGGGAGCUAGUUGUGCUAGCAGAAGUUUUUGUGUUGGCUUCUGCUCGUGGGAUUAAUUAGUUGAUUCCGGCCCAGUGGUGACUGGGAGCUUGAAGCCUGCCUUGGCCUUUCACGUCCAGCUGAACUGCAGGAGGUGUGGCAUGUUGCCUUGUCUCUGUUCUGGCCGGGUGGUUUAAGCCCAGGCAAGCCUUCAUCUUCAAAAUGGAGAAGGGAGACAGAAGUUUGUCUUUCCAUUGGAUAGGCUUAACAAAAAAUUUAAACCAGUAAAAUAAUAAAAAAUGGCACAAGUGCAGAUAGCUAUUGGACCAUCAUCUCAGGAAGGUAUGUAAAAAUAGUGGUGAUUAUUUUUCUCUUUUUUGUUCAUUUUUAGAGAUUGCCUACAGGUGAUAUUGAAGUUAAGGUGAAAACAGUAGAGAUCCUGAACUCCUGUAAGAAACUUCCUUUUGAAAUAAAAGACUUUGCCAAGGUGAUUUUCUCUUUAUUUCUGUGUGGUUGGCUGUUUGGUACAAAGCAUAUUUGAAAUUCUUGGGUGACCUUGUUCUUCCAACCUUCCUCCUGUCCAGUCUUGUAGAAAGAAGGUUUGGGAAGAAGCGUGUGUUGAUGAUGUACAGUUCCAAUUAACAGCUUUGGGGAAAUGUUCCAUAAUUUGUCUUCAACUGAAAAGAAUGAUUAGCGAUGGCUGGAGAGCAAAGGAAAUAUGUGAGAAUUAUUAUCAGGCUUCAGAAAUACUUCCAUGACCUUAUGAUCAUGUGGUGGAAUGCCUUCCUUACUGAAAUUCAAGAGGCUCCAUCACUACAGUGGACGGUCGGGUUGCGAACGUUUUCUGUGCGGUAUGCACGUUCACAACCCACAGUGGCGCGUCUGCGCAUGCACGGGUUGCAAUUCGGCGCUUCUGUGCAUGUUCGACCCCCAAAACCAAAAUAUUAUGCAAAAUUUGAUUACCCUUAUCACAUAUAUAUAAAAAGGCUAAUUGAAAAGUUGGGGUAAUACGUCCGUUUAAGAUCUUAUCAAUAUCUCUGUAUAAUGUUGCCCAGAUUUAUUGAACUCCAGUACAGCUGCACCAUAGGUAGAGAUACGAUCCAAUUUCUGAACAUCCCCUCCACCACCUUAGAAGUGGAGAUGAAUUUAUAUAAAAGAGUCUUCUAGGAGUCUUGUACUGCUUAUGAAUCACCUUUAACGACAGUUCUUUAUGUUUAGCUGAUAUAUUAUGAGAAGAAUGGUUCCCCCCCCCCCCACAUGGCUAAGUAUCUUCAGUUAUGUCACAUUCUAAAUCAGUGUUCCAGGACAUUUUUAAACCCGUUUGGUGUCUGGGUUCAUAUUUGAGCAAAAUUUUAUAAAUAUUUUAGAUUAUACCUUUUGAAUAGUGUGAAAAAAUAAGAAUUAAUUUUUCAAAAUGGGAAAAAUUACAUGUGGGAGAGGUCUGAACCAUUUUGCUGUGAAGAAAAGCACUAAUUUGUUGCCAUUUCACUGUGAUGUGGAUGAUUCCUAAUUUAUUUUUAAUUUCCUUUCCCCCCAUAGGCUUCCCAUUCAUGUACUUUCUUGUUUUUUUCUUCUGACCUACAACCCCUUCCCCUUCUCAGAAAAGCGAGGCCUUGCGAAUGCAGUAUCGCUAUUUGGACCUGCGGAGCGCCCAGAUGCAGUACAACCUACGAAUGAGGUCCCAGGUGGUGAUGAGAAUGCGGGAAUACCUCUGCAAUCGUCAUGGUGAGAGAAGUGCAGAGAAGUGGACAGGGGGUGUAGCUCAGUGGUAGAGUACCCGCUUUGGGUCUCUUCUCUGGCUCAUUCCUUGACAGGCCUGAGAAUAUCCCCUGCCUGAAACUGACAGUACUGUUGACAGUAGAUGGACCAGUGGUCUGACCUGGUUUCAGGCAACUUCCUUUGUUUCUAACUCAUAACAGCAAUUUAGUAAUGCCUUUUUUUUUCUCCUUUUACUCAAUAACAAGUGAUAUAUGAAAUAUGUUUUAGGCUUUGUGGAUGUGGAAACGCCAACACUAUUCAAGAAGACUCCAGGGGUAAGUAUUUUCUCUGUGUAUAUUGCUUUGUAAAAGUUUCUAAUUGUUUGAUUCAGAAAGGAUUUUCAUCAAAGUGGGAGGUUGAAGACAGCCAUUACUCUUCCAGAGUGUCAGAGAUUAUUUGAAGCCGCUGUCUCUGCCCUCAAAACAAAUAUUUUCUCUCUCAAUCCUGAGUUCUGAAAAAGAGGGUGAGUUCUGGAAGAAGGGCGUUGGUAUGCUAGCAGAAAUUUGAGUUUUAACAAGGGAAGAAAAGAAAAAGCAAGCAAGUCCAAGUUCAGGUUCUGGUCAGGUAAUCUCAGGCAAGACAUGGAUCAGUUUGCAUAAAUCAAUAUUCCCUGCCUGACAUCCUCUAGAUGUUUUGAGCUACCACCCCCGUUAUCCCCAACCAUUAACCCUGCUGGCUGGGGCUGACAGGAAUUGUGGUCCAAAACAUCUGAAGGGGAGCAGGUUGGGGGGAAGUUGCCAUAAGGCAAGGACAAGCAGAUUAGAGGUCAGAUUCUUACAAGGCAAAGCAAGUAGCACCCUGGGGAGCUGCAUCUGAAGCUCAGACUGAGCAGGCUCCAGUGUUGCUUUCAAGCAAACCCAGACGGAGCCUUCUUCAGGGGUACAACUCCGUCUGAGUGGCUAGCUGCACCUUCAGUCUUGUCUCCAGGAGAUGUGGAAUUGAAUCUCAAAGAAUCAUAGAAUUGUAGAGUUGAAAGGGACCCCAAGAGUCAUCUAGUUCAAUCCUUUGCAAUGCAAGAAUAGAACUAAUAGCACUAAUAAAACUGGACAUCAUAGUUUAAGAAUAGAUGUAAGGGUCCAAUACAUGUUGAGGGGGGCCUUCCCUUCAAUAUUCCCGUGACAGCUGUUUUGCUGUAUUCGUACUGUUGUUGGUGACUGUCUUGAACAUCACUUGUUGAAAAAAACAAGUUACAGGGUUUAACUUAAUAACUAAUAAAUUAAAGCUUAGCUCUAUUGUAGAUAUUUCUGUUAGAUCAGGGGCCUCCUGUAUGGUGGGUGGGAGGAACUGUGUGUACAAAGUUGAAUCAUGUUUACGUUAUUUUUUAGUUGCUGGUUUUCUUAGCAUUGUUUUAUAGAUUGUAAUUGUUUUACUGGUGAUAUUUAUUAAUUAUAUGUUUUCUGCUGUACUUGUGAUGUUCCAUUAGGUUAUAAUUAUUUAUUUUUGCAAGCCACAUUAGGGUUUGUUUGAGUGGAAAGCAGCUUAGAAAUGCAAUCACUCAAUCCUGGGGGGGUCAUGACACUUGCUUUGUGAAGGGAUGAUUAAGUGGAUUGUGGGAGUUUUGUGCCUCUGGCCUCAACUCCCAUGGCGUGUGGCUCCCACUGCCAUCUGAAGUGGGGAAGCCUCUAGGAGUGCUUCAGACCAUGGAUCUAUUAUUGUGCAGGGUUUCAGGAGCUAGGGAAACUUACACACACAGUGUUCCCUGCCUUAGGUGCCCCACACUAAUGUGUAGAUGGGGGUCAGGUGGAGCCAUAUGCCAUGCAGUGCCCCUUCAUGCAAGUGUGCAUGAAGUUUCAGGCUGAAUCAAAGAGAAGCCUAGUCGCCUUCUGAUGCUGAAUGUAUUACAACUUUGAGGGAACACCGAUGCAACAGCAUCCAUGAGAUCACCAGUCUCCCAUUUCUUCUCCACCACAAAACAGUUUUAGUUUAUCAUUUGUUAUUUAAUUUUAAAAAGGUGAACUGUAAAUAUGUGUAAGCUUCUGAAAAGAGGACGUGAACAUCCCACCUGACUUGCAAGGGGGGAGGUGAAACUAAGGUUAACAUGUUUAUCAGGUGAGAUUGUUUUGUGCCAAUAGAUGUGAAACUGGGUUCUAAGGGCAGAAGAAGAACCUGCUCUACCAUUGGAAAUAAAUAUAAUGUGUUUAUUUGCCUCUGGUGUGUUUUAGGAACCCACAUUAGUACUGACAAUUAUCAUUAUUGCAUGGCAACAACUGCGACAUGCAGGAGACAUGAUUUGGGUUUGGUGAGCAAAGUGCAUUAGUGGGUAAAUGCUGUGGGAGGGUGUUGAAUCUUUCAAAGGGAGCUUGGUGGAGGCAAAAAAUAUUUGGGGACCUGUUUUGUGCCUUACUGAUCUGAAGUAUAAGUUUCUGCAUUUUUAAAGUCACUGCAAUUCCUGCUGUCCUACCCUUCUUUUAAUACCAGGGUGCAAAGGAAUUUGUGGUGCCCUCACGAGAGGCUGGGAAGUUUUACUCACUGCCCCAGAGUCCUCAGCAGUUUAAGCAGCUAUUGAUGGUAGGAGGCCUGGACAGGUGAGUUUCUUGGGAACCUCCUGGUAAAAGGAAUGUUACACGAGUGUCUCCUCCUACAUCAGGGAAUGGAAACCCCGUUCCCUAGAGUGGGGUGGGGGUUGGGCGGCAGAGGUAACUUGUCACAGAAACUGACACCACCCUAAUAAGAAGAAUAGGGUUCACAAUAAAGUUGGCACUGCCUAGUACCUGAGGACAAGCCACUGCAAAUCUGCUCAGCAGGAAUGCAUUCUCACGGUGCUUUGGCAAGGUAAAGGGUAAAGGUAAAGGACCCCUGGACAAAAGGGCCCCUGCUCAUAGCAAUGUGAGACCCCCCUGCUGUCUCCUGAAUUAGUGGAGCAGUUGCACUGCUGAGUUGUAAGGCAAACAGAAGCAGCAGUAGAGACACAAACCUCAGCAGUGUGGCGGAGAAUCUCCUUUUCUCUUCUCCUCCCCUAGCUUUCUCUGGCAGUGCAGAGGAAUUGUUCUGCAGACAGGUCAGUGGUGACACCAAAUUAGAACUUGACAGGUAAUCAAGCCAAAGUGUGUGGAGCACUGAGUACUGGUUCAACGAUCAUGAAAAAUACUCACUUGGGCAUAAACCUCCUUCCUCGGACCACUGAUUAUUCCUUCUCUUCUGUGUCCACUAGCUUCGUGCUAGUUAUCAUAGCCACUACUCAAGCAGCUCUUUCCUUCUGCCUGCCGAUAGUGAAUAUCUUUGGGAAAAAUGCUAUUAAUACUUUGUAAGCAGAAUGGUGACAGUGGUGACCUUCAAUUCCAAUGGCAGGUACUUCCAAGUAGCCCGCUGCUAUCGAGAUGAAGGUUCCAAGCCAGACAGGCAGCCUGAAUUCACUCAGGUAAUUUAUAUCCUUUGCUAUGUAUUUUUUACAAUUUGAUGUAAGAUUUAAAAGCUCUAAGGAAAUCUUGGACACGUGAUCGGCACAACUUGUACAGCAGUUACAAGACAUGAUCUUUUUGUAACAUAAAGUGUCCUUUUGCUACAGUGUUUAAAACAGUAAUUUCUAACAUCCCAAAAACACAUUAAGGACCAAGCCAAAAAGUUAAGGUGUGUCAAGUGUCAAUUACUGUGGGAUUAGAACUUUGGCAAAAUAUUCCCUGGGAGCUUUUCACACCUGGGCAAAUUAAUUUGCUGUAAGGAAGGUUUCCUACUGUAAGCUUCAGAUGCAUCUGAUAAAGUGGACCGUAGAACCUGAAAGCUUAUGCAGUAAUAAAUGCAUUGGUCUACAAUCCUAUCCCCACUGACUGUAAGAGGUGUAGUUCCUUUGAAGGGUAUAUAUUGUAAAAAAAAAAGGUUUUAAGUUACAACAAGGAGUAGUGACAUUGAAAUAUUACAAACGAAUCUCCAGUGCCAAAUCCCCAAAGUGCAAAUCCUCCAGUUUGAAAUGGGUGCUGUGAACCUCAAUAAAUUAUUUUAAUUUAUUAUCUGUCCUUCACCAUAAGGUCCCAUUAUGGGCUAAAACAACUUAAAAUCACAAAACUAGGGUGGGUUGUAAAAAUAUACAUCUCAGGUGUUAAAAGUCAGAGGUGCAACUUCAGUAUUUGUUGAAAAAUGUAUAGUGGUUAGGUGCAAGCUUACUUACUUGAUUUGGGGUUCGGCAGCUGUCCCCCUGCCUCCCCUGGCUACGACCAUGCCUGGAAAUGAACUGGCAACCAGUGCAAUUGUUUUAAAACAUGUGGUCUGAAUUUUGAAGGGAACCCCAACCAAUAAUCUGGCUGCUACACUUUGGUCCAGUUGAAGUUUCUGAGUAAUCUUUAGGCACAGCACCACAUAGAGCGCAUUGCAAUAAUCCAGUCUAGAAGUUACCAGAGCAUGGAGUACAGUGGUCAGUUCCCCACCCUCCAAAGGGGCUGUAACCAGUGAGCUAGCCAGAGCUGAAAAAAGGUACACCUGGCCACUGAGCCUGGAUUCAAACACCUGUAUCUUUUCCAGAAUUUAGCUUCCAUUGUACUUCUCUUGUUUCAGUUAUAAAUAUCUAUUUUGUAAGAGUUUUAGAUACGGAAAAAUAAUGUUCUUAUGGUGCCUUUGAACGUUACUUAUUCCCCUCCCUUUUUGUCUCUCUUUAAUUCCCCCUCCCUCAAGAUUGAUAUUGAGAUGUCAUUUGCAGACCAAACUGGGAUUCAGGCUUUAAUUGAGGGCUUGCUGCAGUAUUCCUGGCCUGAGGAGAAGGGACCCAUCACAAUACCUUUUCCAUCCAUUACCUAUGAUGAAGCUCUGGCCACCUAUGGGACCGAUAAGCCAGACACUCGCUUUGAAAUGAAGGUGUGUUCUGGAAACUAAGUCCUGUUCAGGAAAGUUUACAGAGUUGGGUAUGAUAGUUACUUAUGUUUUAAUCAAAUUUCUUAACCAUCCUUUACUAUAUAGCUUUACAUAGCUGUAAGGAAAGAUACACAGGCUGCAGCCUACUGCUUUCCUCAGUUGGUGGUAAACCUGCUUCAAAGCUCUAAGCAACAAGUGCAAAUGCCUUUUCAAAAUUGUAUUAAAUGAUCAUUGUUUCUGUAUGUGCACAGAAAGCACAACAAGAGUUGCACAUAAAAGCAAGUAGUCUUUUUAGUUCCUACAGUAUCGCAAGGUCUACUUGGUCAGGUGCAUCAGUGAACUGUGGCCCACAAAAAUGUAGCACCACAAUAAAAAAUUGUUGUCUUUAAAGGGCCAGAAGACUCUCUUUGCAGCAAUGUUCAAAUCAACAGUGUGGCCAGGUGGGAGACCAUGAUUUGGCUAAACUUGUUUGGGGGGGCAGUUUAGGCAUAGGCCGCCAUCUACCCCCCUCCUUCAAGUACUGCUUUGGUGUCUUUGCUGCAGCAGACUAACAUGGUUAGAACUUGAGUCAUGUAAGGAAUAAUUAUUCCAAAAACUUCUGUUGUGAUUCACUGUGAAUGGGUGUGCAGGGGGGGCAGCAAAGAGUAGCUCUCUAGACGUUUACUAAUGUUGUGGCUUGUGCAAAAAUUGACAACUGGCAUGCAGAAAUAAUGGGGGUGGAGAAAUGAAAAGCUCUUGGUGGCCAAAGUGUGUGUACACAUCCACCAACAUCCCUGCCGGUUGCCUGUUUUUGCAGUGCUUGAAGGUGGUGGUUCAGCAGGCUAUCUCUCUUAUGUGUCAUGUGCUGCCAUAACAACCCUCCAACUUCUUACUUCUAAUGCUCAGAUCAUUGAUGUCACUGAUGUGUUCAGGAACACAGAAGUUGGAGUUCUACAGAAAUCUCUCAGUGAGUCCCGGGGCACCGUCAGAGCUAUUUGCAUUCCACAGGGAGCGGUGAGUAGUUCUGCUCUCUUUUCCAAAUGUUGUUUGUAAUGUUGCUCUUUAUAUACCAUCCGUACAAAAGGGUUCUUGACUCUUCCCCUGCAGAGAUCAGUAACAGUAGAACCAACUAUCUGACUAACCAACUAGCAACUCAGGUCAUGUGGGCAGGGGGGGGUGUUGCAGUGAUUUUUAGGAAGUCAUUAGUCUGCACCAGGCGUCCUAUUGGGAAGACCCAAUUUUCUGAGUGCAUGUUCUGGAAGUUGGGCAAUAGGGGCAGUACAGGAUUCCUACUGGUGUACCGACCUCCCCGCUGCACCAAGGAUUCCCUGCCCGAGCUGCUUCAGGUCGUGGCGGAUAUGCUCCUGGAGACACCUAGCUUGGUUGUCCUAGGGGAUUUUAACAUCCAUGCCGACACGACCUUACAAGGGGCCGCUCAGGACUUCGUGGAAAGCAUGGCCUCCAUGGGGCUGUCCCUGAAUAAGUUUGGCCCAACUCAUAGCCGCGGACAUGCCUUGGACCUGGUGUUUACCUCUAUGGAUGUUGGUGAUCUGACAUUAACUAAAAGCGAAACAAAAGAAGUGCCAUGGUCAGAUCACUUCCUGGUGCAACUGGACGUCUCCGCAACCCUUCCCCUCUGCAGGGAGGUGGGACCGAUUCGAAUGGUCCGCCCCCGCCACUUAAUGGAUCCAAUUGGCUUCCAGAGAGUGGUAGGGCAUGUUUUGUCCCAAGUUGAUGGCCUUUCAGCUGAUUCCCUGGUGGCCCGCUGGAAUGCGGAGUUAAACAGGGCUAUUGACUGUCUGGCUCCGAAGCGCCCUCUCCGAUUGCAUGGAGCCCGGACAGCUCCGUGGUUUUCCCCGGAGCUGAGGGUGAUGAAACAAUCGUUGAGACGGCUAGAGCGCCGGUGGCGGAAAACUCAUUCUGAAUCAGACUGGACACGGGCUAGAGCUCAACGUCGAGCCUACCAAGUGGCAAUGGCGACGGCGAAGAGGGCCUUCUUCACCGCCUCCAUUGCAUCUGCAGAAAACAGCAGCAGGAGACUUUUUCAGGUGGUUCGCAAUCUAUCGGAACCACCUGCACCACCGGGGCCUGGUAGGGACCCCAAGAUCUCCUGCAAUGCUUUUGCAAAUUUUUUGCAGAUAAAGUCGCUCAGAUUCAGAAGGAGGUAGACUCCACCGUGGGAGCAGGGCCAGGGUGGGAGAGUGCUAGAGUUCUGUCUAGUCCUGUUACAUGGGAUCAAUUCCAAUCUGUUACCUCCGAGGAUGUGGACAGGCUGCUUGGACAAAUGAAACCGACCACCUGUCUCCUUGAUCCUUGCCCAUCCUGGCUGAUAAAAGCGAGCUGGGAAGGGCUGGGUGAUGGGCUCUGCGAGGUGGUGAAUGCUUCCCUCUGUGAGGGAGCCUUCCCAGACCCGCUGAAAGAGGCGGUCAUUAAAACGCUUCUUUAAAAAACAUCUUUAGACCCAGCCAAUUUGGCCAACUAUCGCCCAGUCUCAAAUUUACCAUUCUUGGGCAAGGUGAUUGAGCGGGUGGUUGCCAAACAACUCCAAGCACGCCUGGAGGAUGCGGACCAUUUGGAUCCCUUCCAAUCGGGAUUCAGGCCUCACCAUGGGACUGAAACUGCCUUGGUCGCGCUGGUUGAUGAUCUCCGGCAGGCUAGGGACAAAGGUGAGAGCUGUUUCCUAGUUCUGCUGGAUCUCUCAGCGGCCUUUGACACCAUCGACCAUAACAUCCUUCUGGACCGUCUAGAGGGGCUGGGAGCUGGGGGCACUGUUAUACAGUGGUUCCGCUCCUUCCUCCUGGGCCGUGUUCAGAAAGUGGUGGUGGGGGAUGAGUGUUCAGACCCCUGGGCCCUCACUUGUGGGGUGCCUCAGGGUUCUGUCCUCUCCCCCAUGCUGUUUAACAUCUAUAUGAAGCCGCUGGGAGAGAUCAUCAGGGGGUUUGGACUGGGUGUUCAUCAGUAUGCAGAUGACACCCAGCUCUACCUCUCCUUUAAAUCAGAACCAGUGAAGGCGGUGAAGGUCCUGUGUGAGUGCCUGGAGGCUGUUGGAGGAUGGAUGGCGGCUAACAGAUUGAGGUUGAAUCCUGACAAGACAGAAGUACUGUUUUGGGGGACGGGGCGGGUGUGGGGGAACUCCCUGGUCCUGAAUGGGGUAACUGUGCCCCUGAAGGACCAGGUGCGCAGCCUGGGAGUCAUUUUGGACUCACAGCUGUCCAUGGAGGCACAGGUUAAUUCUGUGUCCAGGGCAACUGUCUACCAGCUCCACCUGGUAAGCAGGCUAAGACCCUACCUGCCCGCGGACUGUCUUGCCAGAGUGGUGCAUGCUCUAGUUAUCUCCCGCUUGGACUACUGCAACGCGCUCUACGUGGGGCUACCUUUGAAGGUGACUCGGAAACUACAACUAAUCCAGAACGCAGCAGCCAGACUGGUGACUGGGAGCGGCCUCCGAGACCAUAUAACACCGGUCUUGAAAGACCUACAUUGGCUCCCAAUACGUUUCCGAGCACAAUUCAAAGUGUUGGUGCUGACCUUUAAAGCCCUAAACGGCCUUGGUCCUGUAUACCUGAAGGAGCGUCUCCACCCCCAUCGUUCUACCCGGACACUGAGGUCCAGCGCCGAGGGCCUUCUGGCGGUUCCCUCACUGCGAGAGGCCAAGUUACAGGGAACCAGGCAGAGGGCCUUCUCGGUAGUGGCGCCUGCCCUGUUGAACGCCCUCCCAGCAGAUGUCAAAGCAAUAAACAACUAUUUUACUUUUAAAAGACAACUGAAGGCAGCCCUCUUUAGGGAAGUUUUUAAUGUUUGAUGCUGUACUGUUUUUAAUAUUCAGUUGGAAGCCACUCAGAGUGGCUGGGGAAACCCAGCCAGAUGGGCAGGGUAUAAAUAAUAAAUUAUUAUUAUUAUUAUUAUUACUACUACUACUUUUAGAAGACAUCUGAAGGCAGCCCUGUUUAGGGAAGUUCUUAAGGAUUGAUGCUUUUAUUAUGUUUUUAGAUAUGUUAUAAGCAACCCAGAGUGGCUGGGGAAACCCAGCUGGAUGGGCGGGAUAGAAAUAAAAUUAUUAUUAUUAUUAUUAUUAUUAUUACCAAAGACUGAAUGAAAAGUGAACAGGACUCAAAACACUAUUAAAUAUAUAUAAUGGGAGAUAUAUUGGAUUUAAUAUCCCGCUUUAUCACUACCCGAAGGAGUCUCAAAGCAGCUGACAUUCUCCUUUCCCUUCCUCCCCCACAACAAACCCUCUGUGAGGUGAGUGGGGCUGAGAGACUUCAGAGAAGUGUGACUGGCCCAAGGUCACCCAGCAGCUGCAUGGGGAGGAGCAGGGAAUCAAACCCGGUUCACCAGAUUAUGAGUCUACUGCUCUUAACCACUACACCACACUGGCUCUAUCGUUCUUAAACAUUUUUAUAGACAUAAACAUUUUUAUAGACAUAAAAAUAAAAUAGACAGGUCGAUCCCUGGUUGAUAGCGGUUGAUCGCGGGCUCGUUUUCCUCCGCGGGGGGAAAGGAGCACCUGGCCCCGCCCCCUCGCUCUGUCCUUUAUUCGCACACGAUUUCAAGAAGGAAAGACAGAGUUAACGCUCGCGGGUUUACUACUUGUUCAGCGAUUUAUGGCACGUGCCCCCCCUAUGGUCAUAUCAAUCACAAGUCUUUACUUAUGGAAAAAGGGGGUGUGGAAUGAUCCUGUCUUCAUCCCAACCUUCCUCCAAGGAGCCCAGGAUAGUGCAUAUGUGUUGUUGUUUGUUGAGCCUAUUUAUACCCCACAUUCUAAUGGGAGUGCUCAAGGUUGUUUACAAUGUAGUUGGGUUUUUUUAAAGUAUAUCUACAGUAAUGAUUGACAUGGUCUAUAUGAUGUUAUACUCAUAGCAAACCAAAGACGUAGACUAUGCUGCCCAGUAGACUAAUGGUAAUUAACCCAGAGCCACCUGAUGGCUGAGUUGAGGUCUCAGUGGUUCAAGUCCUACACCAGGGGAGAACCUGUGGCCCUAUGUUAUGUCAGGGCAAGGUAGGCAUCUAGUGGUCUACUUUGGGAGCCCUUGGAAUUUGGUGUUUGGUGUAUGUCACUUGGCUGUGUCACUGUUGUUACACUUUCAUAUAGUGGGGAGGUUGAACACAGCGCAGUUCUUCCAAUAAUGGAGAAACUUUCUUAACAGUUUAAAUUUGCAGGAGCUCAUGCAAAUAGAGGACUUUCAAAUACUUGCCUUUUUUCUCUCAUGUUGAUGGUACCUGAGAGAGGUUAUUCAUUAAACCUGGGCACAUUAAAUAUAAUUUUUGCACUGUCGUGGCUGUGCUUUUAUUGUACCUAAGAACUGCCAAAGUUUUCUUUGCCAGGAAUUACUGUAUUCAUUACAAGUUUACUUUCCUUGUAUUUUGUUGUUGUUCUCUUUUAGUUUUUGUUCAGCUAUCUUGCUUUGUAUUCUGCAUAUUGCUUUUAUAAGGUAAUUGAUUCCUUGUAAAAGUGUAACAUGGGGAGUUUUAAAAUACAAUGUGAAAAAGUUUAAUAAAAUAGGGAGCAUUAACCACCACCACUCAGCAUAAUUUUAGGAACAAACAGAUGAAGGUAAUAAUAAUGCCCUUCAGAGUAUAUAGGCUUAAUUGAAUGAUCUGUUCUUCUCUGUUGUUAUCUUUUAUUUAGAAACAUCUUCGGAAUAAAGAUUUGGAGUCAUUAAAUGAAUUGGCAAAAUCCCAGUUUAACCAGGUAAGGCACAGAAACUUCCACUACCAUCAGUACAGUGGUACCUCUUAUUACAAACAGGAUCCGUUCCGGAUCCCCGUUCGCAUCCUGAAGCGACUGUAACCCACGCAUGCACGGGGCACGAUUCGUCACUUCCGUGCAUGCGUGUGACGUCAUUUUGACAGUCUGCGCAUGCACAAGCAGCGAAACCUGAAAGUAACACGUUCCGUUAUUUCCGGGUCACCACGGAGCGCAACCCGAAGGCGCUCAACCUGAAGCAUAUUUAACCCGAGGUAUGACUGUAAUUUUCUUCUAAACUGCGUGAGAUGUGAUGUUGCUCAGCUCUCAUUCCUUUCAGUGAGGCUGGGGCAGGAGGAAUUUCCCAUUAAUUGAUUGUUCAUCCGCUGGUGUUAAUUUGAAGAGAGAAGAUAAGAGAGUUGAAUGCAAACAAUACAUGAGAACAAGAUCAAAAUUAAGUGAGAACAAGAUCAAAAUUAGCUCUGAGGACAGGUCUGUCCAGGACUACUAGCCAUAAGUGAUCAUAUUUGAUGGUUUUGAUCCCUGGAUGCUGGGGAUGAGGAGCGUGGAAUGAGUAUCGCCAUCAUGCUCUGCUCUGCAAGAAGUAGCUGGUUGGAGAUAAAAUGCUGCACCCAAAUCUGAUCCAGAAAGGCAUUUGCUAGUGUUUGCAGUCUUUGCAUUAAAUAAAAAUAUUCAAACAUUAUUAGACCAUGCAUCUUGGCCACCAACCACAGAACAAGAACGAGCACCUGAGGUGCAUAAGGAGCUGCGUAGCUGAGUGUGGAGUUGUGUAGCAGGAUUUCAGAGCUAUUUUCCUGUGUCUUUGCUCAUGGGAAAUAGAGUAUCUGAAAUUUAUCAGGUAACACUUGGGGUUUGAAGUAUUCUGGGGAGUUGGAUUGAGCUGUGCCAGGCCUUUCCACACCACAAUGGUAACUGCUUUAGAAUUAUGAUUACCAUUUGUGUCUCCUCUUCUUCAGUUUGCUCCCUACCUUGCCUCCUUUCCAUGCUUUCAGGAAUAUGGUCAUUCUUUUGCAGAAAGCCCGCAAGCAAAUGAUGGCUAUAUAAAAUUGGGUUGGUUUUUUUUUUUAUUAAACCUUUGUCAGUUGUGUUCAUUGCUGACAUGGAUUUGGACUACUUGUAUCUGCUUGCUUUUUCUGGAACUGCCUAAGUUUCCCUUCUGCCCUUCUCUCCUGAACAGGGAAUAUUGCACUUCAUUUUGAGGUCUGAUGGCAGACUUGGUAAGUUCCUGAAUGAAGAACAAAAACUGGAGCUUGUCAGAGCACUUCAGGCCAAUGUGGAUGACGUCGUGUUGCUGGCAGCUGGAGAGCAUGAGAAAGUGGUAAGCAGAAUAUUUGACUUUGUAACUUAUAAAGUAGCACUAUAUGCCUUGGCAGCUAAGAAGAUCAGGAGAAAAGAACUAGAUAAAAUAGCGGUCAGUUGCAAAGGUGAUUCGGACAUUUAAGCUGGCACAUUCUAUAUGAGAACCCCCUGCUAUUCUAUCGUAUGCAACAAAUAAUUUUUAGGAGAAGUGAUCGUGGUUUAUUGUAUCUGCAGUGUCUGAUGUUUUUAUGGUUUUUAUGCUUAUUGUUGCUUUUCUUUUUGUUCCCAUUGUGAAUGAUGCCAUGGCCUUUGGCUAGUGCAAUAAAGUUUAUUAUGAUGGUGGUAAGGAGAAUAUUGGGUCCCCAAGUCUUUUAUUGUUCUCAUCAGCAUAAUUACUGUCAAGUUUUCUGCUUGAUCAGCUGUUUCAGAUCAGCAGAAGAUUUGGCAGGCCCACCUCCUUGGUGGUGUUUAGACAGCAACCGAAGGCUGUUCAGUUCUGAUGUACCUAUCGCAUAACCAGUUUCAGGUUUUCCCACUCCCCUUUUGUAAAUCUGUUUUAUGUGCAGUUUUCCAUUAGUAUAUUAAAACACAUUAUUGUUUAAGAAGUGUGUUAGACACCUUGGAAUGGAAAGGCAGGAUAUAAAAUAUUUUAAUUCCUCAAAGUUGAACAUAGCCUAAGUACCAUAUAUGAUGACUUCCACAACCUUAACAGCUCUCCAGCUGUGUUUAGGCUGAUGAGUGGAAAGUUCCUUAUUCCUACUCUGCUGUAAGACUUUUAAAACCUUGACUAAUUCCCCCAGAUCAUCUGCAAGGUCAGAAUGUUUCCCAUUUCUCUCAUAGAGCCAAAGGAUGGCUUUAUAGCUGAGGCACUCCUUAUAAAACAGAGACCAUAUGUUAUAUCCCAAUGUAAUGUAGUUUUGAGAAUUUUUAAAGUAGGAAGUACAAACUCAAUGUCAGAUAACUUGGAUGCAAGAUGGCUAAAUAGCAGCUGUUUUAUAUUAGAAAGUGUUUUCUACCUUUUUUGAUGUUUGAAGAAAUGUAAGUUUAAUCCAAGAAAUCUUAAGUGAAGCAUCCACUAAAUUAUCUGCCUCUGUUAUUCACUCAAUAAAAUAAUGUGUAGAAUAUGAAUGUUGUUGCCUUAAGCUACAGUCUUUCUCUCUCCCCCCCCCCCCCCCGUUCUCUUUAGUGUUCUACAUUGGGAAAGUUGCGCUUGGAGGCUGCUGAUCUUCUGGAAGCAAGAGGCCUGUCCCUUCGCAACCCCUCUGCCUUUCAUUUCCUAUGGGUGGUGGAUUUCCCCCUUUUCCUCCGGAAAGAAGAAAACCCCAGGCAGUUGGAGUCAGCUCACCAUCCCUUCACUGCCCCCCACCCCUCUGAUGAGCACCUCCUCUAUACAGAUCCUGCCAAGGUGACUUGGUGCCUUUUUUGUUUUUUGUUUAGUGUAUUCAAAGAAGCCAUGCAGGGUUAGAAAAGGAAAGGCAAAACAGCCUUGGAGGAUUGUUCCACUCCCUUGAGCAGAUUUCUGUCUCUGAUGGAGCUAGUAUUCACCGUAGUUCAAAGCAUUUUUAUUGUAGCUAGUUUUCAAUAGCUAACAUUAAGUUGGUUUUACUUUUGCUGUUGGUACAAUCCAGCCCAUUUUUCUUUCAAUGAGAUACGUCACCAACCAGGACAGCUGGAUCCAUAACUUCCUGAAUCCCUAAAUAACUCUGCCUCACCUGGAUUUAUUGAUUCCAUCCAGGCACUCAGGAACUUCAUUGCAUAGUGGUGAGCUUUCACCCCAAAAUCUCCAGAAGAUCUUACCAAGCAGUUUCCUGUAUUGGUUAUAUAGUGUGCAGCAUAGGAAUUUGUAAGCCUAACACCCAAGAAGCCAAAUAGUAAUCCUUGCCAGCACCACCUUUUGGAAUCUACCUACAAGAUAGGAGCAAGAACGCUACUGUUGAGAGGUGUGUAAAUGGAAAACUCAGGUUCUUCCUGAAAAGCAUGGAGAGAUAGAAGGAAACCAAAGAUGUGUCAGCCUUACAGUUGAAGGAAAAUAGAGGUGGCAUCAUGCACCGAUGAUUUAUAGGAUUUAUUUUAAUGACCUGUGCUUUCAACCCAUUAAUUGCAGUGGCCCGUUGCAAUUCACUGGAUUUUAACUUUUGCUAGAUAAUGCUUUACAAUAUAAAAAUUGGUUUUUAAUAGAUGUUUGUUUUCACAAGCCUUGUGUUUUGAGCAGUAGAAGUCUAGAAAUGUAGCAGCAGUGGUAGAACUGGGGAAAUGUGGAAGUGUGUGAUACUGUGGAAUUACGUUACUUGGGUCUUUGGACCCCCAAUUUCUAUCUACCCUGUCUCUAAGCAAAUUUCCACCUAGUUCAAUAGCACUCUCAGGAGAGAUUGUAUUUCACACAGAUGCAAAGGGUACAAAGAGAAGUAUAUAGUCAAAUUCUCUUCCUGUUCUUUCCAGGUCCGCGGCCAGCACUAUGAUCUGGUGCUUAACGGUAAUGAGAUUGGAGGUGGCUCCAUUCGAAUACACAACGCAAAGCUGCAGCGUUUCAUUCUUGAGACAGUGCUGAAGGUAAUAGCAAAAGUGAUUCUGCAUAUUAUUAUUUAAAACAUUCAAUCAUACACUGCUCCUCAUCCUAUUGGAUUUCACAGUGAGCUUCAAUCAAUAUAUGAUGGUAUCAACCAGCUAGUCUGCAUGCUUAGUUUUUGCACAAUUUUUCUUGUUCGGCAGCAGCCUACUUCAUCAGAAGAGGGAGAAGAGGACUAUGCAGAUUGCAGCUCACAAGUGAAUUCCCUGUGUUUCACACUUACACUGAGAAAAUCUGAGCUGAGCCACACAUGCUCACAGAAGGGGGAGGGGAGCAGGGAUUAGAAAGCAGGUUUACCAAGUCUGGCCCUUUAAGUCAUGCUGGUUAUUAAUACUUGCUUUUUUCUAGGAGGACACAGAGCUGCUUUCUCACCUGCUUGAAGCACUGGACAGUGGGGCACCUCCGCAUGGAGGAAUAGCAUUAGGUCAGUAUCUGCUUUUACUUGAAUCACAAUGAACACUGACCAUCAACACUAAUAUUACUUUUCAUUGAUACAUUACACAUACCCUGAUGCUGGAGUGAUUAAACUAACAGUUCCUGAAUUAAUCUAGCCUUCCACCAUGCCCCAGUUGUAGUCCCUAAGAAAAACACGUUUGGAUGAGCAGCAUUUGUGGCAAUCUGAUUUCGCUGUGGGCUAUUUUAUUACCUGGGCACGUGUGUGUGUGUGUGCGCGCGCGGACUAACCUCACCCUUGUCAAAGUCAGUUCAGAAAAGCAUGUGGUUUUAACGCAAAAAAAUGUAUUAGACAUACACGGUACUCUUUUAAAAAGUCUGAUUGCAGAUUCUACACCUUGGGAAAAUUUGCACAUAAUCCAAGUGCUCUAGAUCACCACAUUGCUGCAAAAGCCCUCAGUCAUUUAAUCUGCGCCUCAAAUAUGUUUGCUAGUUAGACUCCCAAGUGCAAGCAAAACCGCUUUCUGAAUCUCAUGAAUAGAACUGCAGCCAACAGCCAUCCUGGAUGGGAAAGCCCUCACACCAAGAACAAUGAACACAAGAUCUACAUAUGUUCAUGCACACUUCCAGUCUGUUUUGUUGCUAGAAGCAGAGCUUGAAAUAAACAGUUCCAAAUGUGCUGCUUGUUAGAGGCCACACAUCUGGUGACAAAAUCAAACAUUAUUAUACUCGAGUCACUUUAUUUAGCAUUAUUGUUUGCAUGCACAAUAUAUAUUGGUCAUGGAAAGGUUUUGGGGCUAUGGAAGAAUGGCCUCACAGCCAGACUAAUCUUCCCAAUGCCCAUUGAAAUUUGAUGCUGCCACUAAUAGUCAAUGUCUGUCUUUUAGGACUUGACAGGCUGAUUUGCCUUCUAGUAGGAGCUGCAAGUAUCCGAGAUGUCAUUGCCUUCCCCAAAUCGUUCAAGGGAAGAGACCUGAUGUGCAAUUCUCCAGAUUACAUUGCCCCAGAAGAGCUUGAACCAUACCAUGUCAAGAUUGCAGAGCCCAUGCCAGAAGUGAAAGUGAAAAGUAACUGACUAGUGUACAUGACAGAAAUGAAGAGUAAAACAUCCAGUAGUGAACCCAUUGGAUUUUUGGAACUGUUAGGUUGGUCUCCUGUACUUGCUUUUGAUGGGAAAAUGGAGCGCUUCACACUACAGCAGGUCCCUUUGAGCAUGUCUGCUGGAGAAAUCAGGCACUAGUGACUAGAUGGGUGCAUGAGAAAGGGCAUCAGGGUGAGGUGUUAUCCUGUCUGUCCCACUCACAAGGGUUUUAAAAAAUCAGUGACUUGAGCCAAGUGAAGAAUUGUUUGUAAGCACAGGCUAUAAUUCAUUUUUUAUUGCAAGUUUUUGUACUAUUUUGUAAAACACAGUAAAAACUAGUUGUAUGAUUCAGAUUUUGGAGCUCUCAGAAGUGUUUAGGAAGCUAUUUUUCUAAUUAACUUUAGAUCCCACCUCAAGGUGCCAUACAUGAGUACUCUCAUUUUACCCUCAAAAUACUGUGAGGUGGGCUCAGCUGCUUCAGUAGCAUGACAAUUGGGGGGGGGGGUAAGUAGGGCAUCAGAACAUAAUAAACCAUAAUAAACUGCUAGCUCUUGCCCAGCGCAACUUUUUAGAAUAAUUAGGUCUUUACAACUCUAGAGGAACAGCCAAAUUUAAAUACGAAUUUGACCCACAGGUGUGAGGCAUUUGCAAGCUUUUUUGCGGAGAAAGUCUUGCUGCUCCGCUGUGACCUCCCUUCCAAUUUGGAUACAGUAACAGAAUUGGAGGCUCCUCGACUGUCCUUGGGUCCAGUAUUGGACCACUUCGAUCGGAUUCCUCCGAGCUGGAAGGCCCACCACUUGCCCCCUUGACCUGUGCCCGUCUUGGCUGAUUAGAGCGUGUCCAGACGAGGUGCAGGCCCCCCUGGGUGAGAUCAUCAAUCAGUCCCUUGGCACGGGGACUUUCCCAGGGGAGUUGAAGUAAGCAGUGGUGUGUCUGCUCUUAAAGAAAAAAUCUGUAGAGCCUUUAAAUCUAUCCAAUUACCGUCCGGUUUCAAAUCUUCUGUACUUGGGUAAUUGAGUGAGUGGUUGCUGAACAGCUUGGUAGGUUUCUGGAUGAAACAUUGGCUCUGGACCCAUUUCAGUCCGGCUUUCGCCCUGGUUAUGGAACCGAGACGGCUUUGGUUACCCUAACAGAUAAUCUCCAUAGACAGUUGGAUCGAGGCGGGUCGGGACUGCUGAUUCUCUUAGAUCUGUCAGCAGCCUUCAACAUGGUUGAUCACGAACUUUUCGACCACCGCCUUGCUGACAUGGGGAUUCAGGGCAGUGACAAUGGCUGCGCUCCUUUAUCUCAGGUCGGGGACAGAGGGUGGCGCUAGGGAGUGAGUUGUCGCCAUGGCACUCCUUGGUGUGUAGAGUCCCGCAGGGCGCAAUCCUUUCCCUGAUGCUUUUUAAUAUCUUUAUGCACCCCCUUGCCCAAAUUGUCUGGAGCUUUGGGCUGGGUUGUCACCAAUAUGCUAAUGACACUCAGCUUUCUGUUGAUGGACGGCCGCCCUGACUUGGCCCCGGGACACACUGAUCAGAUGCUUGGAAGCUAUGGCUGGAUGGCUGCGUGGGAGCCGGUUGAAGUUAAAUCCUUCAAAGACAGAGGUCCUCUGGCUGGUUCGAGACAACAUGGGGUUGGGGGGCCAACUCCCAUCUCUUGCAAGGGCUCAGUUAGUGCAAGCCCCUUCUGUCAAGAGCAUGGGUGUAACAUUCUAGGCCUCCCUUUCCAGGGAGGCGCAGGUUGCAGCCACAGCAAAACUGGCAUUUUUCCAUCUCCGCCGUAUUAAGCAGUUGGUCCCUUCCUUUCUCACCCUGAUCUGGCCAGUGAUCCAUGCAGUCCCCUCCAGGCUUGAAUAUUGUAACUCGCUCAACGCAGGGCUGCCCUUGCAGCUGGUCCUUGCAGAGGGAUCACAUUCAUCCAGUGCUUUACCAGCUGCACUGGCUCCUGGUGGAGUACAGGGUCAGGUUUAAGGUGCUGGUUUUGACCUUCAAAGCCCUAUGCGGCCUAGGACACUUGUACCUACGGGACAGUACAUCUCCUGGUAUGCCCCAGAGGACCUUAAGGUCCACAAAUGACAUUUUGUAGGUUCCAGGUCGCAAGGUGACUAGAUUGGUCUCAACUAGGGCCAGGGUUUGGACUCAGUCUGACCCUAAUGUUUCCCUGCUUAUGGUCUUGAUUUAUUGGCUAGUUUAAAAUGAGACUGCAUUUUAACCUGUAUUUUAAAUUGGUCCCCCCCCCUUCCCCAGUUGUGUUUUUACUGCGAUUCUAUUGGUGUUAGCCGCCCUGAGCACGACUUUGGCUGCGUAUAAAUAAAAUUUAUUAUAUCGAACAAAA